AUGCAUCCACCACGGACGACAUCGACGCCGGGGGACCAACACAAAAUUGGAAUCUCACCGAACAAAAUCAUAGCGUCACCCCUACUUCAAAGUCCUCACAAACCAUCGGUAACAGGAUCUGAAGAUGUUAGUAGAAACGAGAUGGUGAAAACCGCGAAAAGCGUUGAAGAUGUUUCCCGACAGCAUCCAUACAAAUCUCCAAAAGCUGAGCAUAACAACUCUGUUCAAGCUCUCCGCGUAUCGUCGAAACCGGCAGAGACGAAGAUCGCUGAUGUUGUCAAAACCCCUCCAGGUACUGCGUUCACUGUAUCGAAGGCGAAGUUCACAUACUUAACAACGACCGACCAAACGCAAGAACAAGAUACACAGAAGCAAAUACCU